GAACACUCAGGUCGCCCGGUAACACACGGGUCUCUGGUGUACGUUAUAGUCCAAUCCAAUGUGGUUUUGGCUGCCCUUUGAUCAUAGGACUUUGACCAUUUAACACCCAACACCAGUACCAUUCCAGUCGAGAGUGUGCCUGUUUUCUGGUAUCAGAGAUUUCAUUUUUUUUUUCUUCGGGGAAGAUCUGACUUUCUGCAAACAUGACUACGUCACUCAUGGUCCUGAAGCGCUCGCUGUCGUCGUCGGCAGCUAUGUCCAGCGCCAUCAAGCAUGUAACUGUUGUAGGAGGUGGUUUAAUGGGGUCAGGGAUCGCACAAGUUGCUGCCCAGACUGGUCAUGAAGUUACAAUAGUUGAAGUCAAUGAUGAUGCAAUUAAGAAAGCACAGAAAGGUAUUCAGACUAGCCUACAGAGAGUUGCUAAAAAGGCAUACAAGGAUAAUCCAUCAGAAGCUGAGAAAUUCAUCAGCACGACCCUUGGUAGGAUAAAGACAUCAGUGGAUCUACAAGGUGCUGUGAAAAACACAGAUCUUGUUAUAGAAGCUAUUGUGGAAAAUUUAGGGGCAAAACAUAAACUUUUUUCAAGCAUUGACAGUGUAGCCCCACAGCAUACAAUAUUUGCAUCUAAUACAUCAUCACUGCCUAUUGGAGACAUUGCCUCUGUCACAAAAAGGAAAGACAGAUUUGGAGGUCUCCACUUCUUUAAUCCAGUACCAGUAAUGAAGCUUCUAGAGGUUGUUCGUACACCAGAAACGUCUGAUGAUACUUACAACAAAAUGAUGGAAUGGGGUAAAGCUCUUGGCAAAACAACUGUGACCUGUAAGGAUACACCAGGAUUCAUUGUCAACAGGCUGUUAGUGCCUUACAUUGCAGAAUCGAUCCGUAUGCUGGAGAGAGGUGAUGCAUCUCCAAGGGACAUCGAUACUGCCAUGAAGUUAGGAGCUGGCUAUCCGAUGGGGCCAUUUGAGCUUGCUGAUUAUGUUGGACUAGAUACCAACAAAUUUAUACUCGAUGGCUGGUAUGAAAAAUAUCCAAAUGAACCAUUAUUCAAACCAAUUCCACUGCUGAACAAGCUUGUUUCUGAAGGCAAACUUGGCGUGAAAUCUGGAGAGGGAUUUUACAAGUAUAACAAAUAAUCAUGUUAUCAAAAAGUGUUCAAAAGGUGUCAGUUGACAUUAAGAACAUCAAAAAGGGGAAGUGGCACAAAUACAGUAUUCCUACUUAUGUGUCGUACAUCUCUGACACACUUGCCAGAGAUUUUAUGGACCUUAACUGAUUUACUGUUAUUGGUAGUUUUUCCAUUGUUUUGCAAGCUAUUUUUACAAAUCUUGUAACUAUGUAUUUUUACUGGAGCAAAUCUAGUUUUUGAUAAAAAAUAUACAGUUUAAACUCA